CUCUUUUCACCAGUCCCAACACCUCCAGGAUGCAGCUGACACGCCUUCAAGUUCUUGCCGCCGGGCUCGUCCCCGCCAUGGUCUCUGCUCGGGCCCUCUCCCCCCGUGCCGUUGACUGUGCCUUUGCCACGACUGCUGAUGCCGGCGCGACUUGCGAGAGCUUCGCUGCCAGCUGGGGGCAGUCUGUCGACGAGCUCAAGAAGUUGAACCCUGGCAUCACCUGCCCCAACCUUGACACCAGCAAGACCUACUGCGUCAUCGGCACUGUCACUGCUGAUCCUACCCCGUCUUCGUCCUCGUCCUCGUCCUCGUCCUCGAGCACCAGCACCACGCUCAAGACGACCACUACCACCAAGGUCUCCACCACUUCUUCCUCAACCUCCACAUCGUCCUCGACGACCGCCGCCCCUGCCCCUAGCAACUCCCCUGCUAUGCCCGGGUUGGCAGCGAACUGCGAUGGCUUCUACAAGGUAGCUUCUGGCGACUCGUGCGAUACAAUUGCCUCCAAGAAUGGAAUUACCACCACGCAGUUCAAGACCUGGAACACCGAAAUCAACGCUGAGUGCAGCAACCUGUGGCUUGACUAUUACGUCUGCGUCCACGUGCCCGGCGCGGCUGCCCCGACGACCACCACCAAGGUCACCAGCACCACCGCUGCCCCGGCUCCGACCAACUCUCCUCAGAUGCCCGGUUUGGCUGCCAACUGCGAUGGCUUCUACAAGGUAGCAUCCGGAGACUCUUGCGACACCAUUGCCUCCAAGAACAGCAUCACCACAACUCAGUUCAAGAGUUGGAACACCGAGAUCGACGCUGAGUGCUCCAACCUUUGGCUCGGCUACUACGUCUGCGUUCACGUCCCCGGAGCCGUCACCCAGAAGCCGACAACCACCACCAAGGCUACCUCCACCGCUCCCGCCGCGACCAACUCUCCCCAGAUGCCCGGUAUUGUCUCCAACUGCGACGGUUACUACAAGGUUGCCUCGGGCGACCAGUGCAGCACCAUCGCUGCCAAGUACGGAAUUACCACUGAUCAGUUUUUGAGCUAUAACAGCUAUAUCAAUGCUCAAUGCUCCAACUUAUGGGUCGAUUACUACGUCUGCGUCCACGCGACUCCCUCUCCCCUGAUGCCCGGCAUUGCAGGCAACUGCAAGAGGUACCACCAGGUCAAGAGCGGUGACAGCUGCUCGAGCAUCGCCUCAAGCGCUGGAAUCACGUUUAAUCAGUUCAGACAGUACAAUACCCAGGUUAAUGCGGAUUGCAGUAACUUGUGGUUGGGGUACUAUGUUUGCACUGGGGUUUAAGAGGGGUCGUUCGUGUUAAAAUGUCGGGUUGAAAGGGGUAGAGGGAAGGGGAUUAGGCGAGUUAUGUAGCUGGUCGUCUUUUUACCUCUACUCGAUACUUGGUUCCUACCUAGUAACUAAUUGUAAUAUUUUUUGCAUCGCUG